ACAAUUUUGAUAUUUUCUAUAAGACAGGUAAAUUAUCCAGGCACUAAUUACAUCUACAAUAAACAUGCAGCACAAUCAUAACCACAAUGAUCAUACUACAUGCUGCAAUACAAGUAAUGAUGUCAGUGUUCGUCAAUCUCUUGCGGAAAUGGAGUUUGAACGUGGUAUAUGGUAUGCGGCACAGUAUAACGAUAUGGAUCGUGUAAAGACGUUAUUAAAGAAAGGUAUUUCGGCUAAUAUAGAAGAUUCUGCCGGAUACAGAGCGAUACACUAUGCAGCUCGAAACGGGCACUACGAUGUUUGUAAAAUGUUAUUAGAAAAUGACGCAGUAGUAAAUGCACAUACGCGUUGUGGUCAUGCUACUGCUCUGCAUAGAGCAGCUAUGCAAGGUCAUGCUAGUAUUGUUGAACUUUUGUUAAAAUUUGGUGCAAACCCUAAUUUAAAAGAUGUCGAUGGUUACACCGCAUUGCAUAAAGCACUUAUAGCUCGUUCAUUACCUGUUUGCAAACUUCUGAUACCAUGUACUAAUUUAACAUUGUUCACUAAUAAUAAGUGUGGUAUAGAACAAUUGGCUAAAGAAAACUGCCCUGAUAUUUUGCCUUUUUUAUUAACAUAUAUCAAUAAAGAAGAAAAAAUGAAAAGCAAAGAGAAAUAUACUUAA